AGCAAAAAUCGAAUGAUGCCUGAAGAUACAUUUAUUCAAUAUGAGCUUUUGCCAGUCACAGUUCAUUUCUUCAAAUGGAUACUGGGAAACCUUUUGGGGAAGACACCCCCCAGGGACCAUGAUGUCACCGUCCAACACCCAUUUUACAGAGAAGCAAACUCAGGCCCUCAGAGGUUGCACACACACACACUAACUCAUCUACUUUCAAUGCACUUGCCAACUGGAUUUAGCCAGUUCACACAGUAAAAUCCAGUUGCAAAGUGCACUGAAAGUGGAUGAGUUAGUGUGUGUAACGGCAGCCAGAAACCCCUUAUUGCAGCACUGAAGUUGGUCCCUCUUCAUACUUCUCCUCCUCCACUGCCUCGAAGCUCUUCGUCUCCGACGUGGCUUCUCCUCCCUUCCGUCGCCAGCCUCCCCCGCGUCCAGCCUUCCCUCCCCGGCCAGCGGCAUCCUCAACUCCGCCCUCUUGUUUGGGACACCAGCAAUAAGAGCCCGACACGAGGAGCCGCUCCAGCCAACAGCACCGCCUUCUUCUCCACCGCACAAUCGGCGCGCUCCACAUCUGCUGGCGUAGAAUAUCGUUGCCUUUAACCCUUUCAGGACCCAGAGCUCAAGCCGUCUUUCGCAAAGCCUGUAGAGGCGUUUCUUUCGAAGCAAGCAAAUCCGAAAAUAGAGGCGCCCCCGACAUGCUUCAGGUUCUCAUCCGACGAGGCUCGAUUUCCCUGAUGCUCGGACAGUUUGGUCGCCUUCCUUUCUGAGGAGUCGAAACAACCAGGCAGGGUGCCAGGCAGCCAGGGAGGACGGGGGGGUCCUUGAGGGCUGUAGUCGCAGCCGCUUCUAUGAGGCCCCCCUUUGCCUCACCGGCUGCACCGCUGCGGGAUGUCUGCGUGGAGUUGCCGCCGCUGAGGCUGCCGGGGCCCGAGGUGGUUCCAGGGCCAGUCAUGGGCGCCGCCGCCGCAGGGGUAAGCGGCGGAGGGGGCGCCUUCUUGCCCGAGCGGCUGCGGCUUCCCAUUUGUUGCUUGGGCGUCUUCGUGUGUUACUUCUGGUACGGCGUCCUGCAGGAGACAAUUACAAGAGGCAAAUACGGGGAAGGAGUGAAGCAGGAAAAGUUCCGGUAUGCCCUGUCUCUGGUCUUUAUUCAGUGCGUGAUCAAUGCUGUUUUUGCUAAGCUAUUGAUCCAGUUUUUCGAUACCGUCAAGGUGGAUCGGACGCAGAAUUGGCUGUAUGGCGCUUGUUCCCUUUCCUACCUGGGAGCCAUGGUCUCCAGCAACUCGGCCCUGCAGUUCGUCAACUACCCAACGCAGGUCCUUGGAAAGUCCUGUAAACCAAUCCCAGUCAUGCUUCUAGGGGUGACAGUCCUGAGGAAGAAGUACCCCAUGUCCAAAUACCUGUGUGUCUUACUGAUAGUCACGGGCGUGGCCCUUUUCAUGUACAAGCCGAAGAAGGGAGGCGACAUUCUGGACGAGCAUCUCUUCGGGUAUGGUGAGCUCCUGCUGUUGCUGUCUUUGACGUUGGACGGACUGACCGGAGUGUCCCAAGACCACAUGAGAGCGCACUAUCAAACUGGUUCCAAUCACAUGAUGCUGAAUGUUAAUCUGUGGUCCACAGUAUUCCUAGGAGCUGGUAUCUUAUUCACAGGAGAGCUCUGGGAGUUCUUGAGCUUCACAGAACGUUACCCCAGCAUCAUGUACAACAUUCUUCUCUUUGGCCUCACAAGUGCUCUGGGCCAGAGCUUCAUCUUCAUGACUGUGGUCUACUUCGGUCCCCUGACCUGCUCGAUUGUCACCACCACCCGCAAGUUCUUCACCAUCCUGGCGUCGGUCAUCUUAUUUGCCAAUCCGAUCACCAACCUGCAGUGGGUGGGCACCACUCUGGUGUUCCUGGGACUUGGACUGGAUGCCAAAUUUGGGAAAGCUGCCAAGAAAACCUCGCAUUAAGAAGUCUUUCGGGUCGCUCUCUCUCCAGAACCUCAAACAUCACAAACUGUUAACUUAUUGUCUUAUUUCUCUGUGACCAUUGUCGGAACGGACUCAGGACGGGUGCUUGGGGGAGAGAGGGAUGGGGUUUUAUUGGGUGCGAAUGCGUGGGGUUUUUUAUUAUUAUUUGUUUCUUGCUUUUUUAAAAUUCCAAACUCUUAUAUUUUUUUUAGACGUUUUGGGAUGGGGGGGUUAAUUAUAAUCAAGGAGGUGAAUUCCCCCCCCCCACGCACACUGCCUACACACACCCCAGAAGCAAAGUUGGGGGUCAAUGGGUGGCCGCAAGGGGAUGAAAUUCUUAACAGAAUGGGAGGGACGCUUCAAAACAAAUAAAAAGAGGAGAACGAGAGCUGUGCCUCC